AUGCCGACGCCGGACAAAAUAUUGAUGAGAAAAAUUAAAAAACGGGAAAAGAAAAAAUUGAAACUAAUUUCCAAAAAAGCCAAUGCUGAUCCGGACACUACAGAAAAAGCUGAAGUUGCAGAUGGUACUGAGAAAGAAUUAAAGCGGCCCUCUGAUAACAAGGAACAAAGCAAUGGCGUCACCUCAAAAAAAAAGAAAAAGAAGUCUGGUGUUGAAGAAAAAAUUGAGCCAGAAGAAAUAAAAGAUGAGCCAGCAACAGAUAGUGAUACAAAUGAAGGUGGCCAAGAAAAUGUAGAAAAUGAUGAAAUCAAGACAAAUGAGGAAAGUCAAUUGCCAGGCUCGAGUUUAUGUCUUGGAAUAUUGUCUGACCAGAAGUUCACAGCACUUGAGGGAAAAGUAUGUGAAGCUACACUCAUGGGCAUCAAGGAUAUGGGUUUCACAACUAUGACUGAGAUACAAGCUAAGGCUAUUCCACCAUUAUUAGAAGGGAGAGAUCUCGUCGGAGCAGCUAGAACCGGCUCAGGAAAAACCUUAGCCUUUCUUAUACCGGCUAUCGAUUUGAUAUAUAAAUUGAAAUUUAAACCUAGGAAUGGUACUGGUGUCAUUAUAUUAUCUCCAACAAGAGAAUUGUCAAUGCAAACUUUUGGUGUUCUAAUGGAGUUAAUGAAAUAUCAUCAUCAUACUUACGGAUUAGUUAUGGGUGGCGCUAAUAGAAGUACAGAGGCACAGAAGCUUUCCAAAGGUAUUAAUAUUCUGGUAGCAACACCUGGCAGACUUUUGGAUCACUUACAAAACACACCAGACUUUUUAUACAAAAAUUUACAGUGCCUUGUCAUUGAUGAAGCAGACAGAAUACUUGAAAUUGGUUUUGAAGAGGAAGUUAAACAAAUAAUAAGAUUAUUGCCAAAAUGGCGUCAAACAAUGCUUUUCAGUGCUACACAGACAAAAAAAACAGAAGCUUUAACAGCUUUGGCUGUUAAGCAUGAACCUGUGUAUGUUGGAGUAGAUGACCAUAGAGAACAGGCUACAGUAGAUUCUUUAGAACAAGGUUACAUAGUUUGUCCAUCAGAAAAAAGAAUGAUGGUACUAUUCACAUUCCUGAAGAAGAAUAGAAAAAAGAAGGUUAUGGUUUUCUUGUCAACCUGUAUGUCCGUCAAAUACCACCAUGAGCUCUUUAACUAUAUUGACUUACCAGUUAUGUCCAUACAUGGCAAACAGCAACAAGCAAAACGCACAACAACAUUUUUCCAGUUUUGCAAUGCUGAGAGCGGCAUAUUAUUAUGUACUGAUGUGGCUGCUCGAGGUUUGGAUAUACCCGCUGUUGACUGGAUUGUUCAAUAUGAUCCUCCGGAUGAUCCAAAAGAAUAUAUCCACAGAGUAGGAAGAACUGCAAGAGGACUUGGUACAAGCGGACAUGCAUUAUUGUUCUUGAGACCUGAAGAAUUAGGAUUCCUGAGAUAUUUGAAACAGUCCAAGGUGACACUAAAUGAAUUUGAGUUCUCAUGGAACAAAGUAGCAGAUAUACAAUUACAAUUAGAAAAAUUGAUAUCAAGAAACUACUUCCUGAACCAGUCUGCCAAGGAGGCGUUUAAGAGCUAUUUACGAGCAUAUGAUUCUCAUCACCUAAAAACUAUAUUCGACAUCGAUACAAUUGAUUUAGCUAAAGUGUCUAAAUCUUUUGGUUUCACCGUUCCACCAGCAGUCGAAUUAAAAGUUACGAGCAAAGGUCCGACACAAAAGAGGAAAGGUGGCGGCGGGUUCGGAUAUUUCAAAACAUUGAACGCCCCACAACAUAAAAAAGCUGAAAAAACAAAAAUAUACAGACAAAAAGGCAACAAUCAAAAAUCAAGAAGUUGA